UUAUGACCAAAAUUACUGCGCCUAUUGAAAUUUUCUUAUGAAAUCUCUGCGAUUUUCAGGCAGGUGUUUAUAGCAUCUAUGGACUCAGACCGUAUGUUGUUUCUGACUUGUCACGCCAUUUUAAUAUUUAUUUCUUGAGAGCUAAGCUACAGUUGGAUUUGGCUUCAAAGUGCUAAAAACCCUUUGACAUUCCAUCAAAUAGGAAUCCCCUCCUAAAUUAUUGAUUAAACAGCGUUGUUGCCGUGUUUAGCUGAAGAUUCAAAGCAAGUGGAAACCUGGACGCAAAUUCCUUUGCUUUUAUUUAUUUACUCUGAAAGAUUAAUGUCUGACUCGUACUUGCGUGUGGGUCUGCACAACGGACUUCAUCUGCAAUUUGCAGCCUGACAUAUUUCCUCACGUUUCCCAGUCCAACGGAUCUCUUUGGUUUGGAAGUUUCUGUUUGGAAAUUUCUAAAAGGGAAGAUCAUUUAUUUUAAUGGGGAUAAUUGUUGUAAGGGCUCUUCAAAUCUGGCGGCUUUUCAUUUCCCUUUCCUCUCACGCGUUCUGUCGGUCUGGUGACAGUUGGAAUCACUUUCUUCAGCUCAAUAAAAUUCACGCGUUACAAGUUGCAGGUGUGGAGGAAUUGGAAACAGGGCAGGCAAUUCAUGAUUCAUUGGAGAUGGAAUUUCAAGUGAUUAAAGCGAGGCCUAGUUUCAAAUUGAUUCUGGGCAUUUUCUUGCUUUCUUAUGCUUUGACUUUUGUCUGCAUAAGCUUCAUUAACCCCAUUGCUGAUCUCUAUGCUAAUAAAGGAGGCAUGUUCUAUGCAAAUACAAACUUGCAGACUCAUAUAGCCCUUCAUAAUCAUCAUUUGGAGAUAACACAGCAGCAGAAGAAGAAGAAGUCUGAGCUUGAUGCUCUCAGCUGCUCUUCCCUUAUCAAUGAUGUAGGAGGAAAGAAUGCCUCUGGUGGACAUGGCAAAGGAAUUCUGUGCUGUGACCGUUCUCGCUACAGAACAGACGUUUGCUAUCUGAGAGGAGAUGUGAGAACCCACACUGAAACUGCCUCCAUUUCUGUUCACACCCACAAUCAUAAACUAGUUCAGGAGAAAAUCAGACCUUAUACACGCAAAUGGGAACAGAGCACCAUGAACACCAUAGAUGAAAUCACCCUCAAAACAGGGGAUGACAAUGGUGAUGCCUGCCAAGUCCAGCAUGAUGUGCCUGCCAUAGUUUUCUCCACAGGGGGAUACACAGGCAAUGUUUACCAUGAGUUCAAUGACGGUUUGAUUCCGCUCUACAUAACAUCGCAGCAUCUCCAUGGACAAGUGGUAUUUGUGAUUCUUGAAUACCAUAAUUGGUGGAUGACAAAAUAUGCAGAGAUUGUUACCCAGCUCACCAAUUAUCCAGUCAUCGAUUUUAGCAAUGAUAAGCGGGUCCACUGUUUUCCAGAGAUGAUAGUUGGCCUCAACAUACAUGACGAAUUGACUGUAAAUCCAGAGCUCAUGAAAGAUGGUAAAAGCAUUGGAGAUUUCAGGGCACUUCUGAGCAAGGCCUAUGCCCCUAGAUUGAGUUCCAUGCCUCAAAAACAGAGCACAGACGAAGAACACUCAUCCUCCUUAAAGGCCUCUGGCCUCCCCAAUGUUUCUCAGCUGGCAAAGCUCAAAUUGGUAAUAAUUUCAAGGCAGAAAUCAAGGGAAAUGAUGAACCAGAAGGCAAUUGUUAAAUUGGGGGAAAAAAUUGGGUUCGAGGUAGAAAUACUGAAUCCCAAAAGAAACACAGAGAUGGUAGAUAUGUUUCGAGCCUUAAACUCAUGUGAUGUUAUGGUGGGAGUUCAUGGUGCCGCCAUGACACAUUUUCUGUUCAUGAGACCUGGCUCUGUGUUUAUACAGAUUGUGCCUUUGGGUACUGAUUGGGCUUCUGCUACUUAUUAUGGACAACCUGCCACCAAGUUAGGAUUGACAUAUCUUGAGUACAAAAUCCUUCCAGAAGAGAGCUCUCUGUUUGCAGAGUAUGAAAGGAAUGAUCCCGUUCUUAGAGACCCGGAUUCCAUUAACAGGAAAGGAUGGGAGGAGACAAAAAGGGUGUAUCUCGAUGGGCAAAACGUCAAGCCUUCUUUACAACGGUUCAACAAGACCCUGCUCUCUGCCUAUUCCUCUGUACUUGCACGGAAAUAUGAGAUUUUGCCUUCCGUUAACCGUUAGCUGGUUUUGUAUUUCUAAAUUGUAUACUAGUGUGUUUUAUGUAUAUUAAUACAAGGUGAGUUCUGUCUGAGGAGACAAAAAAGUGGGGUACAAGGAAGAAGAAAGAUUAUAACUACUGAAUAUUCUGAGCUCCUUACCUGCAAGAGUGUUCGAUACAGGCAAAGGAUCGUUGUACAACAUUUAUAUUUUUUUAAUUUAUACAUUCGUUUCAUCCCUGGUCAA